AAAAAAUCUUUAUCCCCCUUCCAAUACUAUUAAGUUAUCUCGUAGGUAGACAGCAGCGAGGCCGUUUACGAGCAGGGCCACCUGAACGAGCGGCGAGCGAGUGGGUCUGAGCGAGUCGUCGUCCUCAGCGCGAGACUGGAGGAAGGCGCGUGCGUCCCGUCCUGCUGCCCAGCUGCCUGACGCACAACACAACCUGGAAAUAAUGUAAAUCCUACGCAAACAUCUCUCGGCAUUUACCAGCGGUUGGACUUGCUGUGUUCUUUGCUUUCCUUGUUAACAGAAAGGUUAGUGGUGGAAUAAAAGUUCAAGAGCUUUGAAGGAUCAAUUGUCUCUCCGAAGGAUUUCGACUGAAAAGUGGUUUCGAUCACGAGUUAGUGAACAGGUCCCCUCUAGGUACGACACGUUCUCCCACCACGUGCUGGCGGGGUGAGGGGACGAACGGAGGCCGCCUGGAGGCUCAGUGUGGCUCUUGACUACUGAGUGAGGGGAGGGAGUGAGCGCGGCAGCUGUGACCCAUCAGUGUGGCGAGUGACCACAUAAUGACGUAGGUAAAGAGUGAGCGUUGAGGCAAUGGUCCUGAGAAGCCCGUUCCGGUGCCCCUGAACGUGCCAUGGGCGUCUUCGUGCCGCCGCCAACGCCGCACCACUCGCCGGGACCCACGCACGCCCCUCACGCCGCGCCUCGGACACUAAACCGUCAAGUGGCCGCAUCGUUAGUGCCGUCGUCAGGAGGGGCGCGGCGUGGCCCGACCUGUGUUGAAACUGUGAAGGACCGUAAUGGCAAGGACUCCCCAGUGUGCCAUGGUUCCCUACCGCCUCGCAUGACUCUCGACGCCCUCCCGGUGCGGGGAUCGUUACUUCUGCAGUUCGGACAGACCCUGCAGUCUCUUGGGGGCUGCAUUAAGGCUUCCUUUGAGCAAGGAGUCCACAGGAAGCCCGUCGGCCUUCCACCUGCUCUUCAUCUGCAUACGUCUUCAGGGACGAGGGUACGUGAUCGACCCUGGACACACGGCCCGGAAGGCAGCGGCUCCCCUGCUCCCCCGGUGACCAAUGGUGCUUCAAGACUCCCCCAACCUGUCCCCCCACCUCUGCCGGAACCCAACAGCUCGACCUGUGUUCUGAGGACUCUCCAGGAACACUUAACCACAAGUCCUCGAACCACAGACACGAUCAGCAGCACCAGCGCCACCGACCUUGGUUUGCCGCCAAGGACUCUCAAUGCUGCUCAGGAUCUUUUGCUAGAAACCUUGAGUCCCAGCGAGGCAGCUCCACCGAUCUCCAGCACGCCUUCAGGAUCCGCGGAUACUCAUGUUACCAGCCAGGUGAUGGGGUCCCUGGCCCGUCGGAGGACCUCUAAGCCCCAAGCAGGCCCCUUCAAGCCCUUCCGUCUGCGUCUGAUCCUGGUGGUCCUUCUUCUGACGGUCUCGAGGGCACAAGGUGAGUUACUUCCACUUUGUCUUCCCGUCUUUUGAUUGCCAGUGAGUUGUGUGUCAGCAGAUGCCACGAGACAAUAGCUCUCGUCGAUUUAUAAACGACCUAAAUUCACAUUCUACGAUGCUGCGCCGGGGAGAGGGGAGGGCGGGGGAGGAGCUGUUGGUGCUGUGCCUUCGAUCAGCGUUGGGGUGGUGCUGUCCGUGCCUCCCAAACCCAGGCUGGCCAGAUGUGCUGCAUGCGUGUGGCGGGAGGGAAGGUGUAGCUUUAACACAACACCAAUGAAAACAACAACGUAUCUCCAACAAUGGCACCAGCACAUCCUUGACCCAUGAAUGUCAGUACAGCGCGAAAUGCCGCAAAACCCCUCCUGAGCGAAUCCAUCUCUUCCUCUUAUCACACACACCCCUUCUUGUCCAUUCAUUUAUUCAC